AUGCAUUCACUGGCAGCUUUUAGUGUGGUGCUGCACGCAUCUGUGCUCAUACUGCUUGCUCAUGGGAUUCCUAAAGGUAAAGAUGGAGUUUACACCGGACCCUUGCACCGUUUUGGCACCGACCGUUCAUCUGGAUACCACCUGCCGAAUUAUAUGAUGCACCUCUACAGAAAUUUCAAGUCUAACCUUACUCGGCCUAUGGAUCUAAUUGAGCAGGCCACCGCAAGGCAAGCAGACACCGUUAAGAGUGUCCUGGCAAAAGGCUUGGUUCUUAAAAACAGGCACUGGAUUGUUACCUUUGACCUCUUCACCUUGUUGGCUGAUGAACAAAUUCAGACUGCAGAACUCAGGAUCCGGUUUCCCAGAGCGGUGAUCGCCUCAAACGUUACAUUGGAAAUUCACCACCAGCACAGCUUUCCAUGCCACUCACACAACAGCUGUAAGAAACCUCAGCUAGUGGGAUCACUGACGGGAUCUUCUGUGGUCACUUCAUCAGCACACUGGAAAGUGUACAACGUGACAAGUCCACUAUUGAACUGGCUUGAGGAAAAACGUGUGUCAAGAAAGAGGAAACCACCAAAGGCAAAGAGGGGCCUGUUGUUUCCAGCUUCAAUGAAGUCAGCCAGCUCUAAAAGUAAACCAAGUGUGAGUAACAGAGCCUUGCUGGUGGUCUUCUCGCACACAGGGUCUAAAGAGGGCUCACAGGCCAAAGCAAGCCUCCUCCUCACAGCUGAACAAUCCAAGUUUUUGUCCUCUGCUGAAAUCAAGAAAGUAGAUCAGCCAAAGAGGCGCAGGAGCAAAAGGGACCACAAAGAAGAUAAAGUUAGAAGUCCACAAGUGCCCAGAAGAGUCAAUGAAAAACCCCUGUGUGGCAGAGUUGACUUGCAUGUCGACUUUAAUCAAAUAGGCUGGGGUUCAUGGAUUGUCUUUCCCAAGAAGUAUAACGCUUAUCGCUGUGAAGGGUCUUGCCCCAGUCCUCUUGGAGAAGACUUAAAUCCUACAAAUCAUGCUUAUAUGCAGAGUCUACUGAAACACUACUACCCUGACAGAGUUCCAUCUGCUUGCUGUGCUCCCACUAAAAUGAGUCCUCUCAGCAUGCUGUAUUACGAGAAUGGGGAGAUGCUUCUUCGGCAUCAUGAGGAUAUGAUUGUCAGUGAGUGCGGCUGUCAGUGAGAGCAUGACUCAUUUCCAAUGGACAAAUAUGUGUUAAGCAGCGCUGGUUAAAUGAGUGUUGGAACUGUAAUCCAAACCCCAAGAUGUUGUUGAAAUCAACAUUGUCAACAACACUUAGCCACAAGAACAAAGCUCUUUGCUUAUGGUGACUUUGCAUUUUGGUGGUUGUAAGUACAAAGAUUCAGAUAAAGAUUUAUAAUGACGUAAACAACGCUAUGU